AUGCAUCUGGACCAUUUACCUAACAACAACAUGCUUCUGAUUGUGCUGGGAACGUUGCUGCAGUUUUUCGGUGCUUUUUGUGAAAAUCAAAUGACGUCAAACUAUUUUUGUGCCGACAUGAACCCGCAACCGCACAUCAUCAUCGACCAGCUAAUGGGCAUGUGGUAUGGCAUAGAAAUAUACAAUCAUUUAGAGGAACGACACUACAAUGAAUAUAAACCAUCAUGUCCCAUAAUUCACUUGUCGGAGGAUAAAACUCAGACGACCACUUACAAUCCUUUGCAUAGAGAUUAUAACUAUGGGUAUAACUACGGGGAAGGUCAUGGGUAUAACCACCACACCCAACAAGGAAGAAACCCUGAGAAUUAUAACACGUAUCAGAGAACCCGUGAAGAGCAAAUGGAGUUCGAUAGAAACACUACAUAUCCGAAUUAUAGGAGAUAUGGACAUAAUGAUUACAUGAGAAGAUUAGAAUAUGAUUUGAGACGUUUAAGAUUAUAUUGGGAUGAGAAUGGAGUGAGCACAGAAUAUCAUUUAAGAUACAACACCACCAGGGCCGGAUUCUGGAUAAGCGAGGGGCCUCAAAAUGGUUCGGCUCUGGAGCCCCAGUUUAGCCACUUCGCAGGCACAAUUCAAGUCUUAAAAGCCGUAGGUAGUCACCUGUUGCUGACUUUUUGCCACCAGUUGCCGGACAGGCAGCUGUACUCGAUUCUAUUGGCCAGGGAAAACAAAUUGUCGCACAUAGAAACUUUUGGGGUGCACAGUCUGUUGCACAGAAGGGGGCUGACUGCCACUGCGGUGAAAAAAGUUUGCAGUGGGUCCGAAAAUUUUUCGGCCAAAAGUGGUUUGUUUGUUUUAUUUUUUUCGUUACUUAUUUUGGGCGGUUUUUAA